AAUGGAAGACGAAUGGUCCUACAUUAAGACCUCGAAUACAACAUCAUUCUCCCCGCGACGACCAUUCCAAAUUUCAAAUCAACUACUGCGCUCUUCGUCAGGAGGCAAUGGACGGGGAGCGCCAGACAACGAGCUGCAGGAGCCCCAACUACGCAGCGCCCAACUCAUUAGAAUCGACCGGUCCUCUGGCAUGAUCUUAAACGCUCUGCCACGCAACUCGCUUUCUCUCGAAGAUGAUGGUAAUUCAGAAUGUCGACGUACGGUCUGACCACCCCCUCUCAAUCCUCGUAGAGAGCCCAAUCGAUUGCAUCCUUAUGCUGGCUUCGCUCCAGCAGAAGAACAUCUCAGAGAUCUUGAAACAGGUGCGGUUCAGUCGACAUGCCCCACCCCCAUCCCGGACGACUUGGCUUGGGCCGGGCUUUGCGCUCUAUGGUCUCUUUCACUGCCGCACCGCUGGAUUGGGAUUGGGAUUCCGUGUACAGAGUGGGCCGGAUUGUUCAGUUUGUUGAGCAGCAUGCUACAAAGGGGAGGCUCUGUCGAGACGAUGGUUCCCGCGAGGAUCAAGUCGAGCUAGCUGAAAUGUUGCUACAUGACAGGUGGAGAGUACAUACAUCACAACCGGGCCACCGUCUCCGUACUAGAGCAAGAAGUGAAGCCGGCGAGUCCAGGCUUGACAUAAGGACAUCAUUUUUCGCACCCGUUUGCCUCUCAAACGUGGCAAUUCCGAGGAUUUGGAUUCGCGGGUGUAUCUCAAGCACCAUCUGGCCUCUGUGCUACAGGAGGUCGCCACGCCGGUGGACAAAAUGUGAAAGUACAUGCAUGGUCUCAGUUGCAGCUGUUGUCUUGCGGCGAGAGCAUGAGUGAGGGAGCUUUCGGUGUGUGCUGUUACUAUCCGGAUUGCACUCGACUCCCGUUUAAUCUUUCGUCAGAAUGUAUAUACAUCAAUCUGUACGGUCCUACCAUGCUAAUUCUAUAGGUCUCCACUUCGUGCUUGGUCAGCGCUGACAGUGGGAUCAAAUGACCAGAAGACGGUUUUCUCCUCCUUUAUCUUCCUGAAACU